CACGCUGGGAGCUGCUGAGGCCACCGUGGUGGUGGCACAGAUCAGGCAGUUGGGCCAGGGCCUUCCCCACCUCCCAGGUUGUCCAUGGAUUUUGUUGCUGGAGCCAUUGGAGGUGUCUGUGGUGUUGCUGUGGGCUACCCCCUGGACACAGUGAAGGUCAGGAUCCAGACAGAGCCAAAGUACACAGGCAUCUGGCACUGCAUCCGGGACAUAUAUCGCCAAGAGCGGGUGCGGGGCUUCUACCGGGGCCUCUCGCUGCCUGUGUGCACGGUGUCCCUGGUCUCCUCUGUGUCUUUUGGUACCUACCACCACUGCCUGGAGCACAUCUGCAAGUUCCGCUACGGCAGCGCAGAAGCCAAGCCUGCUAAGGCCGACAUCACGCUCUCGGGAUGCGCCUCAGGCCUCGUCCGUGUGUUCCUGACAUCGCCCACUGAGGUGGCCAAGGUCCGCCUGCAGACGCAGACGCAGGUGCAGGAGCAGCAGCGGAGGCCCUCAGCUUCGGGGCCCUCGGCCUCUUCUCCUGUGUGUCCAGUGCCUGGACCCAAAUACCGUGGGCCUCUGCACUGCCUGACCACGGUGGCCCGUGAGGAGGGGCUUCAGGGCCUCUACAAGGGCAGCUCGGCGCUGCUUCUCCGGGAAGGCCACUCCUUCGCCACCUACUUCCUCUCCUAUGCUGUCCUCUGUGAGUGGCUCACCCCUGCGGGCCACAGCCAGCCAGAUGUUCUGGGUGUGCUGGUGGCUGGAGGCUGUGCAGGAGUCCUGGCCUGGGCUGUGGCCACCCCCAUGGACGUGAUCAAGUCACGCCUGCAGGCAGAUGGGCAGGGCCACCGGCGAUACCGGGGUCUCCUGCACUGUGUGGUGACCAGUGUGCGGGAGGAGGGGCUGAGGGUGCUCUUCAGGGGCCUGGCUGUCAACUGCUGCCGGGCCUUCCCGGUCAACAUGGCGGUCUUUGUCACCUAUGAGGCCGUGCUGAGGCUUACCAGAGGCCUGCUCACAUAGCCGCCCAGCAGCUGCCAGAUGCUGUGAUAGCUGGAGGAGGCAAAGGGAGUAGUGGGGGGGUGGGACCCCAUGAGGCCGUCACCCAGGACAGCUGGGGACCAAUCUGCAGCAAUUGGACCAAGGCCUGAGCUUGGCUGCCCGCUGCCCAGAACAAGAUYGGGUCGAGGGGCUGGUGAGCCCCAGAAGAGCAGCCCCUUGGGCGAGGGCCUGGGUCACAUGGGUCAUCUGCCUUUUGGUCAGUGGUUCUCCUUCUCCUGUUGCCUCUGCCACCACUCUGCUCCUCAGAACAGCUCCGCAUGGCCACCCUCUGCCCUCUCCCACCAGCUCCCCUGGUCCCCACGGCUGUCCCCUCUGAGGCAGCUUCACUGGCACCCCUGCCACAGGCAGUGAGGCCYGGCUGUCUGAUCUCAAGCCUGGCUCCUUCCCUGCCCCAGGCUGCCCAGGCGGGCAUGGCCAGGACAAKGCACCCACCUGGGGUUUGACUGGCCAGGGCAUAAGGCUGCCAGCCUUGCCCAGCUGGGGAGCUGGGUGUGGGGUGUAGUCAUCACCUCUGCUAUGGACACUGUCCACCAUGGGAGGACCCAAAGACUCACCAGGAGCUGCUGUCAAUAAAGCAUU